CCUAAUCUUUUUGGGACACCCUGUAUAUGCGGUAUCCGCGGUACACUUGUUCCCGUUACAUAUAUAUAGGAUAGUUCAGAUAAGGGGAGUUCCCUCUAUUGUUAUAUCAUUCUCGUGGGGUAGCGCGCAUGCACCGGUUGAAACUGUUGAGGGAGGGGCAGGAGCCACGCACGCAACACGUAUUCGCAAAUCUUCUCGUAAAUCGAUUGCACGAACUCCACUCGUUGCCUAGGUGAGACUUAGGUGGUGCGUAAUAACCCAUAUCCCGACUAUAUCGAAAGGGUUUUGUCGCAAGCAAAUAAACGAAAGGCAAACAUAGUAUGAGCAAAGCACGACUGGAAACCGUGGCCACGAUGACCUGUAUGAAGACCCUGCUAAUGCUCUUCAAUUUCAUCUUCUGGGCGUCCGGGGUGUUGAUGUUAUGCAUCGGCAUAUGGAUGCGCAUCCAGCUGCGAGAUUACAUGAAUAUGAGCGUGCAGGGCAGCGGAGCCGCUCUACUAUCACUUGCGAGUUUAGGUGCGGUAUUAGCGGUCGCAGCGGUCCUCGCUUGCUGUUGCACCGCACGCGGUCAUCCUGCUCUCCUGUAUUUGUACGGUGCGUUUCUGGCCGUCGUAGCCUUACUGGAACUCGGAGCUGGCGCGUCAGUUUACGCUUAUCGCACGAGCUUGAACGAGGGAUUUGAUCAAGGUCUGAAUGAGAGCAUGGCUGCCUAUGGACAGGACAAUUCCAAGAGCAGUCACAUCGAUACCAUGCAAUCAACUUUGCAUUGCUGUGGGAAUCGCGGUUAUGCUGAUUGGCUCAAUUUGGAUCCGUCGAAGGACGUUCCCUUAUCCUGUUGCAAAGUGAUACAGAAUAAAUGCGACACAUCGGAUGUAGAGGACAUUUAUACCGAGGGAUGUUACAAUCGCUUACUGGAUCUCAUAAAUAGCAACAUCGGUCUGGUGGCCGGUACGGCGAUCGGCGUAGCUUUUUUCCCACUAGUCGGUAUCUUCCUAGCAUGCUGUCUAGCCAGCAAUAUCAAUAAGGCCGAGUACGAGCAGGUUGCUUAGGCAUGGCACUUGCGCAAACUGCAACGACGGUCCUAUCAGAAAACAAAGCCUGUAUCGCUAACGACAACGGCGAACAUAUAUGAUUUAAUGGGAACGCGGAAAUGAUCUCAAUCGAGGCAAGCGCGCACUUUACCACUUCGGUUUUAGUUGACGAUUUGGUACGAAAAUUGAUUAAAAAUUUAUAGUAUAAGGUCCAUUUGUAUAUGAAGUUACAUCUAAAAUGGAUCUUAUACAUAAUUAUGUAUUUGCAUAAUUCUUGUAUUGAUUUUUGUUGUACUUGAGCCCUCGAUCAAAUUCGUGCUUUCAUGUUCUGAUCUAUGAAUCAUUCUAAUCAAGAUUAAUAUAAAUCGAUAAUGUUAUAUCAAAGUAUGUUUACUUAAUACCGUUAU